AUGAAGGAGGAGGUGGAGGUUGAGAUAGAUGUGAAGGUGAAGGUCAAGGUUGACAUGAAGGAGGAGGUGGAGGUUGAGAUAGAUGUGAAGGUGAAGGUCGAAGUGAAAAAGGUGGAGGUUGAGAUGAAGGAGGAGGUGGAGGUGGAGGUUGAGAUAAAUGGGAAGGUGAAGGUGGAGGUGGACGUUGAGAUGAAGGUGGAGGUCGAGAUAAAUUUGGAAAUGGAGGUCGAAAUGGUGAUCGAAAUGAAGGUAGAGGCCGAGUUAUUUGCUUGGAAUAAGUUUCAAGUGGUGGGGUUUCCGCAGCCACCAACAAUUGUCUAUCCGCAAAACAGAGUUCCCAUUUCAAGAGCAAAGUCGAUUAAGUCAUCAUCGCUCAUGGAUCAGCCGAAGCGGGUAGUUGUGUGCGGCGACGGAGUCAUAGGAGUUUGCACGACUUACUUUCUGGGGGCGAAGGGAGUUGCCGUCACGCUCAUUGAGAUGUCCGACGUGGUGUGCGCCGCUUCUGGAAAAGCCGGCGGAUUCCUCGCCUACGACUGCUGGUGUUCAUGUUCAAAUGACAAGUUUGCGUGUCUUGGUCAUGCAAAACAUUUUUGUUCUUGCCCUUGCAGCAACAAAAUUCUCUUAUACCGUUACGAGAUCAGUGAUUUGAAUGUUCUUUGUCAAGCUUUGGAUGGGAAAUUAAGUGCAGUCUAUAAAUGGGCCAAAGAGUAUCUCGGACUAACACUGACCUCUGUUGCCUCCAAGAGAUCCAAACCACAUCCCGAAAAUGUUAGUUGUUCAACCUUCCCUUUACAAGACUUGCAUAUGAAAGAACCUAUAUCCCAGACAUCAUCAAAUGAAUCCUCAAAAGGGAAACGACGCAAAUUGCAGGAAAUAUUGAAUUCAUCAAAGAAAAAUCACAAUGAAGUGGUUUCAAGUUCUUCGAAAAAGAAACAAAAUGAAGUGGUUCCUGUUGAACAUUCAAGGACUUGA